CUCCCAGACCAUGCUCCAUUCAUCUUUUGUGCUUUGCAGUUUGUGUAUUUUUCACGAUGCCUGAACCAGCAAAAUCCGCUCCUGCGCCCAAGAAGGGUUCCAAGAAAGCGGUGACCAAAACUCAGAAGAAGGGCGACAAGAAGCGCCGCAAGACCAGGAAGGAGAGUUAUUCCAUCUACGUGUACAAGGUGCUGAAGCAGGUUCACCCUGACACCGGUAUUUCCUCUAAGGCCAUGGGCAUCAUGAACUCGUUUGUGAACGACAUCUUCGAGCGCAUUGCUGGGGAAGCGUCCCGCCUAGCGCACUACAACAAGCGCUCGACCAUCACCUCCCGGGAGAUCCAGACCGCUGUGCGCCUGCUGCUGCCUGGAGAGCUGGCUAAGCACGCCGUGUCUGAGGGCACCAAGGCUGUCACCAAGUACACCAGCUCCAAGUAAUUUGUAUCGCCUUCAGAAGCUGUUACUUCCUAAAAUCCAAAGGCUCUUUUAAGAGCCACCCAACUUCUCCUAUCAGAGCUACAGUCACUGUUUUCAGUACAAAACCAUGAAAGUACAGCAGGUUUUGCAUGGAAUGUAGUUCUAGAAUAGCAUAAUGUUGUGUUCCUUUAACAAUUCUUGAGACCACUCGUGCCUUUUAACAGGCAUAAGCAGUUUCCUUAGUGUAAAUAUACAAGGUUUUUUAAAGUUAAUAUGACUUGGAAACUAGUAAGGCUGUUCUCACGUGGGUGGGCAAGAGGAAACUGAAAUCUCUCCCUACGUUUCUUCUAACUGGUAUAGUUUUGAGGUGCUCUAUACUUCACGCCUGAAGCCUAAUGUGUUCAUAGGAAAGUGGAGGGACAGCCAGGGUUUUGAAUCGAUUUUUUACGGGGACGUUGAAUUUCUAAAACCAAGUUCUCUUGGCUUCCCUGAGAAAGGAUAGGCAAGGACUUUUUUUUUCCCCUGUUUCCUAAACGGGGUUUCACCGCUGUUUGCUAAUCUCCGUUAAAGCUGCUUUCGGGCGGGAUUUCUAAAAUCGG